AUGUCACAAGGACCUGCUAUUGGGAUUGAUUUGGGAACCACUUACUCAUGUGUUGGCGUUUGGAAAAAUGAAACUGUAGAAAUUAUAGCCAAUGAUCAAGGCAACCGUACAACUCCGUCUUAUGUUGCCUUCACUGAUGUGGAGCGAUUGGUUGGCGACGCCGCCAAAAAUCAGGAUGCUAGAAAUCCUGAAAACACAGUUUUUGAUGCAAAAAGAUUGAUAGGGAGAAAGAUCAAUGAUCCCUGCAUCCAAAGUGAUAUAAAACACUGGCCAUUUACUGUUGCGGCUGGACCAAAUGAUAAGCCUGUGAUCAAGGUACAAUUUCAGGGUGAAACUAAAUCCUUCCACCCAGAGGAAAUAUCUUCUAUGGUCCUCACCAAGAUGAAGGAAAUUGCAGAAUCUUAUUUGGGAAAGACAAUCUCUAAUGCUGUUAUCACUGUACCCGCUUAUUUUAACGAUUCUCAACGACAGGCCACUAAGGACGCUGGUACCAUUGCUGGGUUAAAUGUUAUGCGUAUUAUCAAUGAACCAACUGCUGCCGCAAUUGCCUAUGGUAUGGACAAGAAAGGUACUUCUGAAAAAAAUGUGUUGAUUUUCGAUUUGGGCGGUGGCACUUUCGAUGUAUCAAUUUUAACUAUCGAAGAUGGCAUUUUUGAGGUAAAGGCCACACAAGGUGAUACCCACUUGGGCGGUGAGGACUUUGACAACAGAUUGGUCAACUUUUGCGUAGAUGACUUUAAGCGAAAGAAUGGCGGGAAGAAUAUUUCAACCAAUAGACGUGCAUUACGUAGACUUAGAACACAAUGUGAACGUGCUAAACGCACCUUAUCCCACUCAACACAGGCCACGAUUGUUGUAGAAGCUAUAUUUGAUGGCAUCGACUACAGUUGCAACAUCACUAGGGCCAGAUUCGAGGAGCUCUGUGCCGAAAUGUUCAAAAACACUUUAAUCCCAGUCGAAAAAGCCUUAGCUGAUGCAGAUAUGGAUAAGAAGCAGAUCCAUGAAGUGGUACUUGUAGGAGGUUCGACCCGUAUCCCUAAGAUACAGCAAUUGAUUAAGGACUUUUUCAAUGGCAAAGAACCCUGCAAAUCAAUUAACCCAGACGAAGCAGUAGCCUAUGGCGCGGCUGUUCAGGCUGCAAUUUUAACUGGCGAACAAUCUAGCAAGGUCCAAGAUUUACUGUUACUAGAUGUCACUCCACUGUCACUAGGACUUGAGACCGCCGGCGGUGUUAUGACCGUGCUGAUACCCAGAAAUACUACUAUCCCCGCCAAGAAGGAACAAGAAUUUACAACCAAUGAAAAUAACCAAACGGGGGUUAUGAUCCAGGUCUUCGAAGGAGAACGUUCUAUGACAUGUGACAACAAUUUACUAGGCAAAUUCCAUUUGACUGGCAUACCUCCUGCUCCAAGAGGAGUUCCCCAGAUUAAAGUCACCUUUGACAUCGAUGCCAAUGGUAUAUUGACAGUGUCUGCUGCCGACAAGUCGACAGGAAAGACUGAACAUGUAACUAUAACAAAUGACAAGGGAAGACUUUCACAGCAAGACAUUGAUAGGAUGGUUGCUGAAGCAGAGAAGUUUAGGGAAGAUGAUGAAAAGAAGAAGAGGUGUGUUGAAUCCAAGAAUGAACUUGAGAACUAUUGUUAUUCAAUGAAAAAUGCCUUGGAAGAGGAGGGUGUUAAAUCUAAAUUGUCAUCUUCUGAGCUUUCCGAGGCUCAGAAACUGUUACAAAACACUUUCAGUUGGAUAGAAUCUAAUCAAUUGGCUGAGAAAGAGGAAUUUGAAGCUAAACUCAAGGAGGUACAAGCUGUAUGUACACCUUUGACUGCUAAAUUGUACCAAGCUGGUGGUGGCGUCCCAGGUGGCGCUGCCCCAGGUGGAUUUAAUGCUGGCGGUGCAGCUCCCUCAGGACCAACUGUGGAAGAAGUUGAUUAG